AUGGAAUUGAAGUCUGAGAACACAGUUAAUCCUUCAAGUCUCCAUGAGGAAGCACCCACUCUUGAUGAUGACAUUGAUGGUGUCGAAUAUCCUAGCGCUUUUUGGGCGGCUUCCAUCUCUGUUGGUGUUGCUCUAGGCCUCUUUUUGGUUGGCUUGGAUAUGACUAUUAUUGCGACUGCAAUCCCUCGCAUCACUGAUGAAUUCAAAGGCAUCAACCUCGUCGGUUGGUAUGCUUCGGCCUUCUUUAUUGCGCUGGCUUGCUUCCAGCCCUUCUGGGGCAAGGUAUAUCCCUUCUUCUCGAUCAAGUACACCUUCUUGGCUGCAGUUUUCAUAUUUGACUUGGGCUCACUGCUUGCAGGCGUAGCACCGAACAGCACCGUUUUAAUUGUUGGGCGAGCCAUCAUGGGCGCGGGAGGAGCAGGCAUCGCGUCGGGCGGAUACGCUAUCCUGGGAGUUGUUGUGCGCCCGCAGCUUCGCCCUAUCUUCACUGGCCUCAUUACCACUGUUUACAGCGUUGCUAAUGUUCUCGGUCCCAUCCUAGGUGGUGUCUUCACGCAGACGACAACCUGGCGCUGGUGUUUUUAUGUCAAUUUGCCAAUUGGUGGCACCGCUGCCAUCAUUAUUUUCUUGUUGUUUCAACCUCCCAAAUCGACUCGGCGGGCCCAGGUUCCAUUAAAGGAGAAACUGUCACAUAUGGAUCCAAUCGGCAUCUUGCUCGCCCUCGGCUCACUUAUCUUCUUCACACGUGCCCUCGAGGUAGCCGGUAUCUACAAGGCCUGGAACUCGGCUGAGGUCAUUGGCUUGCUAGCUGCCUGUGUUGUCACCACAAUAGCCUUUGUAGUCUCACAGUAUCUGCAGGGUGACCGUGCACUGAUUGUAUCACGGAUUCUCAAGCAGCGUGUCGUCGCUGUGGGCAUGGCAUACGGCUUCUUCCACGAGGGAGCCUUUUAUCUCCUGCUUUAUUAUGUCCCAAUCUACUUCCAGGUUGUCGUGGGUGUCUCGCCUUCUGAGGCAGGUGUCCAUAAUCUCCCAUUGCUCAUUAGCUGCGGCAUAGGCUCUGGACUCGCCGGCUUUCUGGUCUCGGUCUAUGGCCAUUAUGUCCCACUCAUGCUGUGGGCAAGUGCUGGCGGCUGUAUCGGUUCCGGACUUAUCUACACUCUAAGUGCUACCUCCUCCACUGCCGCCUGGGUAUGCUACCAGAUCCUUGCAGGGCUCGCCUACGGAUCUGGUCUGCCUCUGGCAAUCAUCGCGGGCCAGGCCAAGGCUCAGCCUGAAGAUCUUGCCUCAACUACAGCUAUGCUGUUAUUUUCCUUCUGUGUUGGCUCAUCAACUUCCCUGGGUGCUGGCCAAUCUAUCCUGAGUAACAUCCUCUUGUCGAAACUUCCGUCCACAGCGCCUGGUGUCGACCCGCUCAGCGUCAUCGCCACAGGUGCUACGGAGAUCCGCCAUGUUUUCCCCGCCGAUGCUAUUCCAGGCAUCGUUCAGGCCUAUCUCUACUGUUUGCGCGCUGUUUUUCUAACCGUCACAGCCUACGCUGGAGUCGCGGUGUUCUUCGCGGUCAGUAAUAAGUGGGAGAGACUAAGAUUGAAGUAG